GUGUUUGGAACUUUUCCUCUAUUUCUAUUGAUCUUCCUCCGAACCUAAUUCAUACCAUCAAAAGUGUUCAUCUUCCACUAUAUGUUGUCAUUGAACAGUAAUGGCCUCUUCACUACUAACUCAGCUCAUUCACUUCGUCACUUGGAUAUGGAAACUUAAUUAGGAUCCCAAAUUAAAUCUAAGUUUUUUUCUUUUGUUGUGCUACCAUAAUAGAUUACCAACUAGAUCUUAUUUAAACUCCAUUAGGAUAGUAUUAACAAACAAUGAUUUAUUUUAACUGAAUUUUUUAGGGAAACCAUUAAUUUUAGGGCUUCGGACCAAAAUUGUCAAUUUUUUUGCAUAGAUUAAGGACUAUUUCUGUUCAGAGGUAUACAUUAAAAACCAAAAUAGUCCAACUUAAAACAACCAUAGGUAAUUUUCUCCCCCAACUCCACUCUCUCCUCUCCAGUAGAAGAAAAUGGUAGGUAUGAGAAUGAUUAGAAGAGUGGUUCCAUUAUUAUCAAGACCUCUUAGUACGACUCAGAUUCGAAAUGGUUCGAGAAUUCCUAAGUCAUCUCCACCUCUUGUUUCACUUGACCUCCCCGAUGAGUGGUCCUCCAAUUUUACCCAUUCUGAUUCUCCUCCUCCUUCCCCAAAAUACACCGACAAUGCGACUGCUAGAAUAAUUGAUGGAAUCUCUGAGGCCGAGCAAAUUAGAGCAAGCAUAGCCGUCGAAGUUAGCAGAAUGAAGGAGUCAACAGGAAAGGUUCCUGGUUUGGCAGUAGUAUUGGUGGGGCAAAGGCAAGACUCUCUUGCCUAUGUCCGUAAAAAAAUAAUGGCUUGCCAUGAGGUUGGGUUCAGGUUUUCACUUGCUGAACUCCCUGAGAGCUGUACAGAAGAGGAGAUCUGUGAUGCAUUAUCAAAUUAUAACAAGGAUGCAUCAAUUCAUGGUAUUCUUGUGCAGCUUCCUUUGCCACAGCAUUUUGACGAGGGAAAGAUUCUGAAUGUACUAAGCUUAGAAAAAGACGUUGAUGGAUUUCAUCCACUAAACAUUGGGAACUUAGCCAUUCAGGGUAGAGAGCCAUUGUUCAUCCCGUGCACUCCGAAAGGCUGCAUCGAGUUACUGCUCAGGUCUGAUGUCGAAAUAGCUGGCAAGAGAGCUGUAGUGAUUGGGAGGAGCAACAUCGUUGGACUACCUGCUUUUUUGUUGUUGCAGGUGAUACAUCUGUCGCACAUAGCCGUCAAUUUGUUGCACUCUUAUAAAUCCAACUUUUUACAAAUAUCUAUCCCACAUGAACAUUGUUUGCAGAGGCACCAUGCAACAGUAAGUAUUGUGCAUGCAUAUUCAGAGAACCCAGAAAUGAUUACCCGUGAAGCUGAUAUACUUGUUGCAGCAGCUGGAGUGCCUAAUUUAGUCCGCGGUAGCUGGUUAAAGCCUGGAGCAGUUGUUCUUGACGUUGGAAUAAACCCAAUUGAGGACCUUGAGAGUGAAAAUGGUUACCGUUUGAUUGGAGAUGUUUGCUUUGACGAAGCAGUCAAGAUAGCUUCUGCAAUAACCCCUGUGCCCGGAGGUGUAGGUCCUAUGACAGUUGCAAUGCUUCUUCAGAACACCCUUGAAGCCGCCAAACGUGCACUUCAUCUUACUUGAUUUAAGGUGGAGGAAUUCCAAAAAUCUCUCAUUUCUUCCUCUCUAUUAGAAACGUGGAGAAGAAAUGAUUGAAAACUAGCCCGAGUUUUGCACAACCUCUGCAUUAUUGGACUUAUAUCUGGUGGACGAGUCUCUGCUAUUUAAUCAAUCCUGACAUAUUAGGAAGUUCUCAGUUCCGACUUCAAGGAAGCAGCAAUAGUGAACGAAAGUAGCAGCUUCAGUACGUAUGUGGGAUGACGUGCAAUAUAAUAUGAGAUUGGAGGCCUAGCGAAUAGUGCUAACAUAUCUACGUUUGGUUUCCAUAAUGCAGAAAGUUCUCUUGUAUGACUAACUAUAUUUGUGUAUACUGAUUUGCUCCUUCAAGGUUCCUUUUUUGCUCCUUAA